CCAAGCAGAAACACCAAGCGAUCCUGAUCCUUCAUUCUGUAGUUUUAAGCCAUCUUAAUCUCCAAACCCUAGGGUUUUUCUCUGAUCCGCAAAGCUUCUCCCUCUCCCACUCGUACACACCGUUUAGUUCGAUAUUUGCUUCUCCUUCAGUUCUGUUCUAUUUGUGCCAGUUUUGUGAAGAUGUAUACUACUAAGCAGAAGAUUCAUAAAGACAAGGAUGCUGAACCCACUGAAUUUGAGGAGUCAGUUGCACAGGCUCUCUUUGAUUUGGAAAAUACCAAUCCGGAGCUGAAAAGUGACAUGAAGGAUCUUUACAUUAAUUCAGCAGUUCAAAUUGAUGUUGCUGGGAGUCGGAAGGCUGUUGUUAUCCAUAUUCCAUUCAGAUUGAGGAAAGCUUACAGAAAGAUUCAUGUUAGACUCGUGCGAGAACUUGAGAAGAAGUUCAGUGGCAAGGAUGUAAUCCUGAUUGCCACCCGGAGGAUUUUAAGGCCUCCAAAGAAAGGUUCAGCUGUUCAAAGGCCUCGCAGCCGCACACUCACUGCUGUGCAUGAGGCAAUGCUGGAGGAUAUUGUAUUACCUGCUGAAAUUGUUGGCAAGCGCAUCAGAUAUCGAAUUGAUGGAUCCAAGAUAAUGAAGGUUUUCUUGGACCCAAAGGAGCGAAACAACACGGAAUAUAAGUUGGAGACCUUUUCUGCAGUUUACAGGAAGCUUUCAGGCAAAGAUGUUGUGUUUGAGUUUCCAGUAACCGAGGCAUAAAAGUACUGAGAGCUAUAACAUCUUUUUUUGAAUGUUUUUCGUCUGAAUUACUUGUAGUGCGCUCUUUAAAUUUUGACAAUGAUGAGUUUAUUUAGCAAUCAGAAAAUGUUUGUUAUGGAUUCAUCUUCUUUGUUGUGAUCAAUGCUGAGUUCUAGAACUUUACAGAUAUCAGCUAAGUUCAUAUUAUUACAUCCUUACA